CUGUAAAGCAAUCUCUCCGCCCUCUUCCGUUGCCGGCCGCCUCUGCUCCGCCCAUCUCGAUUUUCUCUCUCAUCCAUUUAACACCAAAACUCUGCUCCAACCUCUCUACUUUAUCAAACUUUUCAAUAACCCACUUUCUCUUUUCACGAGUUAUGUGAUGCUUCGAAGGAUAAAAACAGCGAGAACAAAAAAAAAAAAAAAAAGUUAGGGUUUCAUUUCAUUUCCCCAAUCUGUUCAUCCAAUACCCAGAUUAUUUUCACUUUGAUUCCUCCAUUUAAUGCUUUGAUUCAAGUCGGUGCUCCAUUCACUCUGUUCUUGUGUUGGAUUCUUCCAUUUCUCAUGAUUCCCAAUGCGUUGUUAUUGUCGCUGUUCGUUUGCCCCAUUUUUCGAUUUUUGUUUUCUUCUCCUUAAUGGGUUUGAUUCUUGUGUACCCUUCUUGGGUUUCUGUUGAUUUUCAAGGAUGGUAGGAUAUGGGAUCUUUUGAUUGUCCUCUUUUUCUCAGAAAAGUGUUUCUGUUGGUUGCUCUUUUUUGUGUCUUCUUUUCUUCGUGGAAACUUACAUGUGAAGCAAUUUGCGUUGAAUGAACUGAGUACCCCUAAUCUGUGAUCGAGUUUACAGAGGUUCCUGCUUACUUUAAUGUGUUGUUGUGCAUAAAGAAGUGUCCGGAUCUUCUUGCAGCUGAAAACCCGUGAAGAAUUGGUUCAUGGGCUUCUUUUUUGUGGUACUCUAAGGGCUUAGAUUCAAUUCCCAUGGGGUGCAUUUUAGAUUUGGUGGCAUUGAUGGUUAUCUAUAACAAUAGCGGCGGCUUCUCCAAAAGGGUAUCUCUGUGAGGGGUUUGGGUUUGGCUUUGGUUCUUAGCUGCCAUGGAGGAUAUAGGACUUUUCAAGCAAGGAUGGAAAUGGUUUCAGUCGCAGAAACACACUUACUCGCGAGCUCGAACUGUGUUUUUUAGAUUCAGAGACAAAGUUGGGAUGUUUAUUGAGAGACAUUGGCCAAUGGUGUGCCGUGGCUGUGCCUGGAUUGGGAGUUUACUGUGGUUAGCUGUGCUUCAGUGGUGGGAUUGCAUUAUAAAAGGCUUUCGGUCGCUUGUCGGAUUAGGCUCUGCUGCAUUGCUCCUUAUAAUGUGGAGUUGCUUUCUUAGUUUAACAUCCAUGUCCUGCCUGGCUUAUGUUCUUCUCAGUAUGGGAGCUGCAGGAGUUGCUGUUCAAUACUUGGGUUACACUCCUGGAAUAUUUAUCGUCGGACUCUUCGCUAUUCUGGUAUUGUGGAUGUACGCUAACUUUUGGAUUACAGGGACGUUGUUUAUAGUUGGAGGUUAUUUGUUCUCCCUUAAUCAUGCACGGUUGGUGGUGUUAAUGGCAACUGUAUAUGCUAUAUAUUGUGUUAAAGUUCGUGUUGGAUGGCCGGGCGUCUUUCUCUCGAUAAAUCUUGCAUUUUUGUCAAACGAUGCAUUAAAUUAUAUGCUCCAAUGGUGUGAUAAGGCAAGUGAGAGUUCACAUUUGGAGGAGCCGAAACAAUCCGAAACAGUAUCGGAAGAUGAAUUCUCAGGAGAGUGUGAAUACUCUAUUCCUACCGGUGAGUCCGAGAAGGUGCAUGCGUGUAAAUCAUCGACCCCAACUGUUGUGACAUCUGUUGUUGAUAACCAGAAAGAGGCUUCUUGUAGCAAGGUGACCAAAGAGCAGACCGAUUCAGUCGACGAGAUGAAAAGAAUACUAAAUAGUGGGGACCAUUACGAAGCACUGGGAUUCCCGCGUCACAAGAAGAUCGAUGUAAUAGUUUUGAAAAAGGAAUACCGAAAAAAGGCUGUGCUUGUGCAUCCCGAUAAGAAUAUGGGAAGCCCGUUGGCUAGCGACGCAUUUAAAAAGCUUCAAUGUGCAUAUGAGGUUCUUUCCGACUCGGUGAAGAAACGAGACUACGAUGAGCAAUUGAGAAAGGAGGAAUUGAAGACCAAAAGUGUCUGCCAAAGGUCCCAGUCCUAUGGGACUUCACAACAGAUGAAUUCUGAUUAUUGCUCCGAGGAGUCGAGACGUAUACAGUGCAGUAAAUGUGGGCAUUCGCAUAUAUGGGUCUGCACGAAUAGGAACAAGACGAAGGCAAGAUGGUGCCAGGAUUGUUGUCAAUAUCAUCAAGCUAAGGACGGAGACGGAUGGGUCGAAUAUAAAGGGUCUCUAAUCUUCGAUAAACCUCAGAAAAUGGAUAUACCUCGAGCUUUCGUUUGUGCUGAGAGCAAAAUCUUCGAUGUGUCCGAAUGGGCGAUUUGUCAAGGAAUGGCUUGCAGACCGAACACUCAUCGCCCAAGCUUUCACGUAAACAUGGUCGGUUUAGGAAAAACCACACAACGAUCCAAGUCGAGUAGAUUUCCUUGGGAAUUGGAUGCUGAAAUGAUGGACGAGGACGAGGAAGAAUUCGAGCUUUGGCUUCAGGAGGCUUUAGCCUCUGGUCUCUUCUGCGAAACCUCGAAACGGAGGAAGAGCUGGAGCCCGUUCAAAUUGGGACAGAAGAAAGGGAGCAGCAAACAAUGGCGAAGAACAUCGUGCUAGAGUAGCAGCCAAAACUGAGCCUCGGCAGCAGCAUUGCAAGCUUCUUAUUCCCGUGGAGAAAGGUAUGAACGAUAAACGGAUUACUCGACCAAUAGGACGAAUGCGUAAACUCAUCGAAAACACGAGUAAGACGUAAUAUAGGAUCCAAAGCUUAGGCAUAAUAGCCUCUGUUGCUGCUGCCCUCCCCUGUUCUUGAAGAUUUAAUCUGUACACCAUCUAUUCCCAUGUACAUAUCUCUUUCUUUCUUUCUUAUAUGCUAUGAUAUUUGAUUUUGUUUU